AUGAAGUUCUCUGCCCUCGCCGCCGCCGCCGCCGUCUUCGGCUCUGCUGCCGCUGCCAACAAGGCUGUCGUCAUCAACGACUGUGACACUGCCAUCUAUGUCCAGUCCGUUCCCUUCAACGGCGGCGCUCCUGGCCCCUUGACCACCCUCAAGCCUGGCCAGCGAUUCUCUGAGGACCUCCGCACCUCUGGCUCUACCAUCAAGAUUGCCGACACCCGAACUCUCAACAAGCCUCUCUUCUUUGGCUACUCCUCCGACGCCAACAACGUCUACUACGAGCUCAACACUCAGUACGGCAACCCCUUCGCCAGCCAGCACAACAUCCUCAACCCUGGUGAUGGCUGCCAGAAGUUCGACUGCAAGGCUGGUGACGCCAAGUGCUACAGCACCCCCAGCAGCAAGAAGAACUACAGCUGCCCUAACCCCGUCACCCUCUACGCCAAGAUCUGCGCCAAGUAA